GUAGCUAUGCUCAGAGAUGGGUUGCCUAUCUCUUCAAUCGGUGGAAACAAAAGUUUAAUUCUACCAAAUAAUCCGCUCUUUCUGAAGCAAGUGGAACACACAAUCUAGUUGAAAUGUAAGUUCAUUCUAACUCUUAAAUCCUUUGAGAUGUUUUAUUUUAUUUUGCCUUCUUGGAUCAAUCAAUUUAGUAAAAAGCAAUUGUUUUGCAAUCAUGAAAAAUAUACACAGUAAACCUUUAUGAAAUAAUUGCUUAUACUGUAAGAUAUUUAUGUUAUACUAUGGCCCCGUGGAAGUUUAUGUUAAAUUUUCAUUAUUAUUAUUUUUGAAACAGAAGAUGGGGGAUUGGAACUUGUUGGGGAGUAUCUUAGAAGAGGUACAUAUUCAUUCAACCAUUGUGGGAAAAAUCUGGCUAACCAUCCUUUUCAUAUUCCGGAUGCUCGUACUUGGUGUGGCAGCAGAGGAUGUUUGGGACGAUGAGCAGAGUGAGUUUGUGUGCAACACGGACCAGCCUGGGUGUAAGAAUGUGUGCUAUGACGAUGCAUUCCCCAUUUCUCUUAUCCGAUACUGGGUGUUACAAAUAAUUUUUGUGUCCUCUCCCUCUCUGGUGUACAUGGGACAUGCACUGUACCGUUUGAGGGCCCUUGAAAAAGAAAGACACAAAAAAAAAGCUUUCCUGAAAGCAGAGCUAGAGGGCGCUGAGCCCGUUCAUGAAGACAGACAGAGGAUAGAGAGGGAGCUGAGGAAGCUGGAGGAACAGAAGAGAGUAAGGAAAGCUCCACUCAGGGGCUCCUUGCUGCGCACAUAUGUUUUCCAUAUCUUGACGAGGUCGGUGGUGGAGGUUGGCUUCAUAGUCGGACAAUAUGUACUCUAUGGCAUUGGGCUGGAUCCUUUGUACAAAUGUGAGAGACUGCCUUGCCCAAACAGUGUGGAUUGCUUUGUGUCCAGACCAACUGAGAAGAACAUUUUCAUGAUCUUCAUGCUCGUCAUCGCUGGGGUUUCUUUGUUCUUGAAUCUCCUCGAGAUAUUCCACCUGGGAGUGAAGAAAGUCAAACAAAGUCUGUAUGGAAAUAAAGGUGCAGAUGAUGACAGCAUAGUAUACAGGUCCAAGAAAAACUCCAUGGUCCAGCAGGUGUGUGUCCUUACAAACUCAUCUCCACAAAAGAUGAUGCAGUUCACUCAGACAUCUUGCACAAUGGAUGCUGUCCCCUUGUACAUGCCUUCAGUAGCUCCUCACAACGAUGGUGGUGGCACCAACAGUUCAGAGCAGUACCCUAGACAGCUGGGGGCCGUGGAGCGCUGCUACACCCUGGACCAGAGGAACCACUCAUGCAGCAGUGAUGACUCCAACAGGCCUAAAGGCUCAGGCCAAACUAGGCACAACGGAGCACAGCCACCUCCUUCACUCCUGGCUAGCCAUAUGGAGAUACCAGCAGCCCUGCAGAACCAGCUGCGCAAACAGAGCCGGGUCAGCGCUCUGCAGGACUUCAGUGACAUGAGUGAUUCACCUGACAGUGACCACUAUCCCACGGCGAGGAAGGCUAGUUUCAUGUCCCGGGGACUCUCUCAGACCAACCUGGCCAGUCCUUCUGAUAGCCCGAACUCCGGGAGUGGGGCGGACACAGAGGCCAAGCGUAUCGCCCAAGGAGAGAGCCCACCUAUGACCCCGCCUCCAUCCAGUGGACGAAGAAUGUCAAUGAGCAUGAUUCUGGAACUAUCUUCAAUCAUGAAAAAGUGAGAACUGGCUGAGGGACCAGAAGGAUCUUGGUGGAGACCCUGAUCGCAAAGCGACACUUCCUUCUAAUUGCCUAAUUGUAUUCAUAAUAACAUAUGUAUAGAGCUCGCAAGUUUGUAAUCCUAAAAACUGGAAAAAUUAGUUAGCACUGUUUCGUUCAGCCAUUCCUAUGGGGGAAUUGAAUAGGGAAAGAAUGGGGCUUUAGGAUGAACACCGAAAAUAAGGUCUUCGUAGCUCUUCUACGUUUUUGUUCUAUGAGAUCAUAUCAGUCAGUUAACAUGACCUUUAUGAAUUAUGAACCCUUUAUGUGCUUGUUUUGAUUACAUAAAUGCUUUGAAAUUCACAAAAAAAGUGACAGCUGUUGAAGAUGAUCUCACAUUUUAGACCUACUAAGCUUGUGUUUAAUACAGACCUUAUUUUCGGGCAUUUAUCCAAAAUGCCUCAACAACAACAACAAAAUGUUUUUCCAAAAGGCUUUGGCCAACGAGCCAUGUCGGAGUUAGUUCCUACAAAAAGACGCCAUUACUAUGUCUCUAUUGUGGACGAGAAGUAAAUGCUUUAGUACAAUUAUGUUGGCAUGGGUAGUUCUAAUUUCUAUUUUUUUAUUUGUCACAUGCUAUCUUUGCGGUAUCACAUUUCAGAUCAUUUUUGUGGAAUUUAUGAGUGAAAGCACAUUAAAAUGACAUUUGACUUAAAGUGAGCAUGUUCAUAUGAUGAGACAUUGGCCUUCUAAGGAAAUUCUUAAAUUUUAAAAGAUUCAUGGCUUGUGAUUGCUAAUACACUUAAAACACUGGGAUAUGAUAACCUCCACUAUACAAAAUAUUUUAUCUCAAAAUGUAAGAAUGAUUUUUGGAAGCACUUUGAUAUUGUUUACUGUACAGAAUGAUGAUAAAGUUGGAGAUAGAAGGGCUCUUCAAAUUCAACUAAAUGUGAAUUUAUUAAUGAACCAUUUAACAUUUAACAUUUAAGUCAUUUAGCAGACGCUCUUAUCCAGAGCGACUUACAAAUUGGUGCGUUCACCUUAAGACAUCCAGUGGAACAGCCACUUUACAAUAGUGCAUCUAAAUCUUUUAAGGGGGGAGGGGGUGAGAAGGAUUACUUUAUCCUAUCCUAGGUAUUCCUGAAAGAGGUAGGGUUUCAGGUGUCUCCGGAAGGUGGUGAUUGACUCCGCUGUCCUGGCGUCGUGAGGGAGUUUGUUCCACCAUUGGGGGGCCAGAGCAGCGAACAGUUUUGACUGGGCUGCGCGGGAACUGUACUUCCUCAGUGGUAGGGAGGCGAGCAGGCCAGAGGUGGAUGAACGCAGUGCCCUUGUUUGGGUGUAGGGCCUG